UCACCACCACCAAAACACGCAGUUCCCACGUUGUUUAUGAUGUCAAUACUCGAAGACUGCUGUUCCGGAGCCCAGAUCAGGCGUUCCCCCUGCAGCGGAGUAAGACAUAGAUACUAGUCAACUAUUUCAUCAGAGUCGCAAUGGAAGUGGCAGCUGUUAUCGGUGCAUGGGCUAUUUCGUGGUUCUGCCCUGCGCUGCCCGUCUCACACUCGACGAUCAUGAAUACAAUCUGCGGCAGAGGUGACAUCACUUCUAUCCUCCAGCCAAAGCUAUCACAGAAUGCACGCAUUAUUCUCCUAGACGACACGGCGUUUACCGAUUCCAUUAGCCGCUGGUCUAAAUUCGGUGCUCCCGGUGUCUCUGCUGUGGUGCAGGUUGUGACGGAAAAUGAUGUUGCGGAGACGAUCAAAUAUGCCAACACACAUGGUAUUCCCUUUUUCGCGAAGAGCGGUGGACACGGCUCCAUCACCAGCCUGGGGCAGAUCAGAGACGGUAUUGAAAUAUGGAUGGAUCAACUGGACUCGGUCACUGUCUCUCCGGACGGGAACACGGCGACGUUUGGCGGGGGAGUGCUCUCAAAGAAGGUCUCACACACUCUCUGGGAGGUAGGGAAGCAGACAGUGGUUGGUGGUUGUGAAUGCACGAGUUUGGUCGGACCAGGGCUGGGUGGAGGUCAUGGGUUCUUGCAAGGCAAAUAUGGCCUCAUAUCCGAUCAAUUUGUCUCCAUGCGACUGGCAAUAGCAGACGGCCACAUCGAGACUGUUUCGGCAACAUCUCACCCUGACCUUUGGUGGGCAAUGCAGGGCGCGGGCCACAAUUUUGGGAUUGUCACCGAGGUCACGUCGAAGAUCUACGAUAUUGAAGAUGACGGUGUGUGGUCGUAUGAGAGCUACAUCUUUACUCACGACAAGGUCGAGGCUAUAUUCGACCGCAUCAAUACACUAUUCACCAACAGCACUUGACGACGUCAUUAACUAUUCCGUCUUCCUCCGCAAUCCCGAAAUCGACACUGAAAAUCCUAUCAUCCUGGUAUCCCUUAUAAAGCCCGGAAAGUCUGUUCUUUCCCCAGACUACACGGCUCCCUUCCGAGAUCUUGGGC